AUGUCAGGAACAUUAUCCCAUGAAAAAGUGACAAUUGCUCCACUAGUAUUACUAUCCGUCCUGGACCAUUACAAACGUACCCACACAAAGGAAGGCAAAAGAGUCCUUGGUGUCAUUCUAGGUGAUUCCUCCACAUCCACUAUCAAAGUGACCAAUUCCUUCGCAUUACCUUUUGAAGAAGAUGAGAAAAAUCCAGACGUAUGGUUCUUAGAUCAUAAUUAUAUCGAGAACAUGAAUGAGAUGUGUAAGAAGAUCAACGCAAAGGAGAAAUUGAUUGGGUGGUAUCAUAGUGGUCCUAAAUUGAAAGCAUCUGAUUUGAAAAUUAAUGAAUUGUUUAGAAGUUAUUCGUGUGAUUCGGAUCCUUUGUUGUUGAUCGUGGAUGCUAAACAACAGGGGGUCGGAUUGCCUACUGAUGCGUAUAUGGCGGUGGAACAAAUUAAAGAUGAUGGUACAUCGACUGAGAAGACUUUCUUGCAUUUGCCUUGUGAUAUUGAAGCGGAAGAAGCGGAAGAGAUUGGUGUGGAACAUUUGUUGAGAGAUGUUCGUGAUCAAGCUGCAGGUGGGCUAUCUAUUAGAUUAACUAAUCAACUGAAAUCAUUAAAAGGAUUACAAAGUAAAUUGAAUGAUAUUGCUAAUUAUUUGGCUAAAGUAACGAAUAACGAAUUACCUGUGAACCAUACUAUAUUGGGUAAAUUACAAGAUGUCUUUAACUUGUUACCUAAUUUGGGUGUGCCAGAUGAAGAUGAAAUGGUUAAAGGUAAUAAGAAGAAGGGUAAUAGUAGUAGUAUAGGACAAGAUGUGAUCGACUCUUCUAAUAACUUGCAGAAGGCUUUAACUGUAAAGACAAACGAUGAAUUGAUGAUGAUAUAUAUAAGUAAUCUUGUUAGGGCUAUCAUUGCAUUCGAUGACUUAAUUGAAAAUAAGAUACAGAAUAAGAAGUUGCAAGAGAAGGAGGCUCAAGAAAAGGAACAGAAGAGAAAGGACGAAGAGGAGAAGAAGAAGAUGAAAAAGAAGGAAGCCACGAAGAAGGAAGCUGAAGUAGAUUCUAUCAAGAGCAAAAAGAGUGCAUGA